ACACAUUCACUCAUGCGUGUCACCAUCAAAAUCACUAUCCCCUGCUUCCUACUACUCGUAAUAUCUGCCUAUUUUGGAGCCAAAACCAACCACAGAGCCGAAACCAAGGACUACCUGAAUUUUACAGAAGCAGACGUACGGUGGAAUGGCAACCUCAAUGAUGGCUUCACUGAGCUUGAAACCGUCUCCGUUCAUCGUCGAGAAAUCGGCCGUCAGAGGCGUUCCUUCUCUUGCCCGGAGCAAGCCAAGGACUUUCAAGAUCGAGGCUAGCGGUAAGAAGCUCAAGACCGACAAACCUUACGGAAUCAACGGCGGCAUGACCUUGAGGGAGGGCCUCGAUGCCUCCGGAAGAAAGGGAAAGGUUGGUGUUCUUCUUUCUUAUUGAGAGUUCUUCCUUCUAUGGUUAAAAUUCUAUAGUCUUGAAAGUUUACUAUUUUUAGUCUGGUAAUUUGAACUUCAAAAAGUGAAAAUAAGAGCCUUAGGUACAUCGAAAUCUCAUUCAAUCACUAGAUAGAUAAGAUUUAAAUAAAUUUAUGUUGUAUUU